CUAUUAUCGACUACUUGUACUAUGCAUAUCCAAACACCACUCACGGCAUUAACGCUGCUUUCCGCAGCAGCAGGCCAACCCCAUCCACGCCGCCGCUGCACAUCCGAUGACGCCUGCUGGCCAACAGCCCAAACAUGGACUGAAUUCAACGCUACAGUCGGGGGAAGACUAAUCCGCUCUGUCCCCUCCGCUGCGGUAUGCCACGGCUCCCGAUACAACGCAGACCAGUGCGCUACGGCAAAGAGUAACUGGUUCGACGGUGCCUGGCGCUCAAACCAGACGGGCGGGUAUGCAGCGACGGUGUGGGAGAUGGGUGAGACGGGGGAAUGCUUUAUUAAUACGCCUAUUCAGGCGGAAUGUGACCAGGGAAUUGUACCGUACUACUCCGUCCGAGCAGAAAGUGUAGAGGAUAUCCAGGCCUCUGUCAGAUUCGCCAGCGAGAAGGAUUUGUAUCUGGUGACGAAGAAUACUGGGCAUGAUCAUCUCGGCCGGUCAAGCGGAAAAGGCGCGUUCUCGAUCUGGACGCAUAACAUGAAGGGCAUUGAGUGGCAUGAUUCGUUUGUUCCACUCGGGGCACCAGAUACUGACAGUAUACCCGCUGUAACGCUGCAGGCUGGAGAGCAGUGGUCUGAUGUAUAUGAGGCUGCAUCUGAGAAAGGAGUUAUUGUGGUAGGAGGCUCAGCACGCUCAGUCGGUGCAGCAGGGGGAUAUCUACUCGGCGGAGGACACUCGCCGUUUGCGCAUUAUCAUGGACUUGCCGCUGAUAAUUUAUUGGAAAUGAGCAUCGUCUCUGCGGACGGUGAGCACCUCGUUCUGAAUCGGUAUACAGACCCGGAGUAUUUCUGGGCUGUUCGCGGAGGUGGUGGCAGUUCCUGGGGGGUCGUUACAUCGGUUACCUACAAAACACACCCCGUCCCCGAGAAUCUUAUCAUGGGUUUCGUCAAGCUAAACGCCUCCAGCAACGCCAGUCUCACCAACCUCGUGGCCGAAUCGCUGAAACUGCUCCCAGACGUCACAGACGCCGGAUACAUAGGGUACGCCGAUCUCAGCGGGGGAUUUGGCGGGUUCUUCAUGAAGCCGAACAGCACUGUUGCAGCGUUCAAUGAGACAUUCGCGGGGUUCUUUAAUCUAUCUACCCUCCCGGGUGUAAAGGGUAUGGUUGGGGCGUAUCCGUCAGACUGGAAUGGGUAUCGACAGACGAUACUGACGGAUCCGCAUAUUGGGACGAAUGUCCAGGAUACCUCAAGGCUAUUGACGGCAGAUGUUCUCCAGGAGAAGGCGGAUGAUCUGGCGAGGUUCCUCGUGAAGAAUGGAGGAGGGGGGUUCAAUUUUAUUGGCAAAGUGAACGACGACGAACGGGAUAAUACGGCGGUGCAUGAUAUCUGGAAGAAGAGCCACGCCUUGCUGAGUAUCUCUGUUGACUGGGCCGAUAAUGCCACCCAGGCUGAGAAGCACAAGAAGAGACUUCAUGCAGUGCAUUUGAGCGAGGGUUUCUCAAAGAUUGUUGGAUCUGACGAUGGGACAUACAUAAAUGAAGCCAAUCCGUAUGAGCCGAACUGGGAGAGGGUGUUCUGGGGGGAUAAGUAUGAGAGACUGCUCGAUAUUAAACGGCGAGUUGAUCCUACAAGCCUGUUUAUAUGCAAUCGGUGUAUCGGAGGAGAGCUGGUCUUGCAGGCAUAGUCUUAGUUAUUCUGUUAAAGUAUACCACUGAAGUAUCACUGUCUAAGCCAAAAAGCUGAAAUACUCAUCCACCCACCGCGCAGCCUCAACCCCCUGGCUCACAUCCCAAUUCUGUACAGCCCCAAUAUACCCAUCUGGCCGUACAAUGACCGUCGCAGGUCUUGACAUCCCAACCCACUUCUCAAUACACCCGUCCACAU